AUGCCCUCGACGUCUGACCCAGACGACCUGCCAACCAGAGCUAUGGAUUCCCCUGCGUAUCCUGCUGCGCCCUUGGGGUCUCCUGCAGCGUACCCCCCACGGACUCUGGCCUCACCCUCCUUCACACCGAGACCUAUGGAGACACCCAUCUUUCCCCCGCGGACCUCAGACUCUUCCUCGCUGUCAACUAAGCUGGAGGCGCCCCCUUCCCCUCCAGCCUACCCGCCGAGGAGUAUGGAUAUGCCUUAUGGCCAGCGACCUCUUCCAGAGCAUCCUAUGGGAUACUCAAACUACUCGCCAGGAUCGUUCCCACCGUCUUCCGGGCCCUAUGGUCCCCCGCCAGUGUCGUUUGCCUCGCUACCUCCCUCCUUCACGCCCUCGUCUCUGACGCCCUCGCUCCCCUCUACUCCAGGAUUCCCCCCGUCAGGAGCUACUGGAUCGCCCCCUCUGGAAGCGUUUGUACAGUUGCUUCUUGCAAUGAACGUCGAAGAUCAACUGAAGGUAGGUUUGUGCAACAGUGAAUUCCAUAGUGGUUAUGUUGUGUGA